AUGGUGUUUUCUGAGAGAGGCAGCCGAGAAGUCCGGUGCCUGCUGCUCUCGCUUCUGCUUCAUGCAGCCUGGGAGACAGGGAGCGGCCAGAUCCACUACUCGGUCUCGGAGGAAGCCAAACAUGGCACCUUCGUGGGUCGCAUCGCGCAGGACUUGGGGUUGGAGUUGGUGGAGCUGGUGCCACGCUUGUUUAGGGUGGCAUCCAAAGGCCGCGGGGACCUUCUGGAGGUGAAUUUGCAGAACGGCAUUUUGUUUGUGAAUUCUCGAAUUGACCGCGAGGAGUUGUGCAGGCGGAGUGCGGUGUGCAGCAUCCACCUGGAGGUGAUCGUGGACAAGCCGCUGCAAGUUUUCCAUGUGGAGGUGGAGGUGAAGGAUAUUAAUGACAACCCGCCCUUGUUUCCAAUGACAGUAAAAACGAUCUGGUUUCACGAAUCUAGGCUGCUUGACUCACGGUUUCCUCUAGAGGGAGCAUCAGAUGAGGACAUCGGAGUAAACGCCCUUCUCACCUACAGGCUCAGCUCCAGUGAAGUUUUCUUUCUAGACGUACAGACAAAUGAUGAAUUAAGCCAAUCUCUGUCUCUUGUACUGAAGAAAUCUCUGGACAGAGAGGAAACUUCUGAGAUUAAUUUGUUACUGAUGGCUACUGAUGGGGGCAAACCUGAGCUCACAGGCACCGCCCAACUGCUUAUUAAAGUAUUAGAUGUGAAUGACAACGAACCUAGCUUUGAUCAAUCCGUUUACAAAGUACAAUUGCUGGAAAACAUCGCAAAUGGAACUUUAGUGGUUAAACUAAACGCUUCUGAUGCAGAUGAAGGAUCAAACAGCGAGAUUGUGUAUUCGCUCAGUAGUGAUGUGCCCGCCACUGUACAGAGCAAGUUUAAAAUGGAUCCUAGCUCAGGAGAAAUCAGAGUUAAAGGACAAUUAGAUUAUGAGGAAAUGAAAUCCUAUGAGAUUCAAGUCAUUGCCGCUGACAAAGGAAGUCCAUCAAUGUCAGGGCACUGUAAAAUUUCAGUAAAACUCGUGGAUAUCAAUGAUAACAGACCAGAAAUCUCAAUAACGUCUCUUUCACUACCCAUCCGAGAGGAUGCUCCACUGGGCACGGUCAUCGCCCUCAUUACGGUAUCAGACCGCGACUCCGGCGCUAACGGGCAAGUAACCUGUACCCUGACACCCCAUGACCCCUUCAAGCUGAUGUCCACUUACAAGAAUUACUACUCGCUUAUGCUAGACAGCCCUCUGGACCGCGAGAGCAUGUGGACCUAUGCAAUGGUGGUGACAGCACGAGAUGGGGGUUUACCUUCCCUGACGGCUACCGCCAGCGUGUUGGUGGAAGUAGCCGACGUGAACGACAACGCUCCCGCGUUCCCACAGCCCGAGUACACGGUGUUUGUGAAGGAGAACAACCCUCCAGGCAGCCACAUCUUCACGGUAUCGGCGCGCGACGCGGACGCUCAGGAGAACGCGCUGGUGUCCUACUCGCUGGUGGAGCGGCGGGUAGGUGAGCGCGCGCUGUCGAGCUACGUGUCGGUGCACGCGGAGAGCGGCAAAGUGUACGCGCUGCAGCCACUGGACCACGAGGAGCUGGAGCUGCUACAGUUCCAGGUGAGCGCGCGCGACGCGGGUUUCCCGCCUCUGGGCAGCAAUGUGACUCUGCAGGUGUUCGUGCUUGACGAGAACGACAACGCACCGGCGCUGCUGCCGCCUGGGUCCGGAGGCGCAGGUGGCUCAGUGAGCGAACUUGUGCCACGGUCUGUGAGUGCGGGCCACGUGGUGGCGAAGGUGCGCGCGGUGGACGCGGACUCGGGCUACAACGCAUGGCUGUCGUAUGAGUUGCAACCGGCGGCUGGCGGUGCACGCAGCCCGUUCCGCGUGGGUUUGUACACCGGCGAGGUGAGCACGACGCGCGCCUUGGAUGAAGCGGAUAUGCCGCGCCAGCGCCUGCUAGUACUGGUGAAGGAUCACGGCGAGCCGCCGCUUGCGGUCACUGCCACCGUGCUAGUGUCGCUGGUGGAGAGCGGCCAGGCUCUGAAGACGUCAUCGCGGACGUCGUUGGGGACCGCGGGCCGGGAGGCGGCUCUGGUAGAUGUCAACGUGUAUCUGAUCAUCGCCAUCUGCGCGGUGUCCAGCUUGUUGGUGCUCACGCUGCUGCUGUACACGGCGCUGCGUUGCUCGGCGUCGCCUCCAGAGGGCGCGUGCGGCCCGGGGAAGCCCAUGCUGGUGUGCUCCAGUGCGGUGGGGAGCUGGUCAUACUCACAGCAGAGGAGGCAGAGGGUGUGCUCUGGGGAGGGCCCCAAGACUGACCUCAUGGCCUUCAGCCCCAACCUACCUCCUGGCCCAGAUUCCACGGAUAACAUUAGCAUGUUGAUCAUGACUGUUGUUGUUAGGAUAUAUACUGAUGCAAAAAAAGACUUUGAGGAGUGCUUGAAGAACAUUGGACGCUUGGGAAUUUCGGACAAAGUAUAA